AUAAAACCUGUGACCCUUCGUACAUUGAAGUAUAUCCGAAUCGCUCGAUUAUGGGUCUUACUUCCAGCUGUCUCUGUUCUUGGAUUUGCUGAAGUUCCUUUAUCCGAUCUAGUUUGCAGUGCCCGCCCGACUUUUGCGCUCCAUUCAAAAUGCCACCGUUGAAGUUAGAGCCGCUCAACAACUACGAAACAUCUUCCAUGAGAGCGUUCUUUAUUUUCAACCCUACAUUCGGACUGCUGGAAGAGGAACACUACAAAAAAAUAAUCUACUACCACCCCGCUGAUGCUGAGCCCACAAUGCAGCAAAACAAUGUCGGAAUUUGUGAGGCGCUUAUUAAUCUUACAAAGAAUUUCACAGCCACUAAAUGCGACUUUAUGAAAACCAAAAAAGCAAGGUGGACCUUCUACAGUCCAGAAACCAAUUACUGGAUGAUUUUGAUAACGCAAAACCCAUGUGCAGACAAAAAAGACGCCAAUACUACCAGCGGCGACAGUGUCGGCCUAGGAACUUCCCAAAUUCUUAAGAAAAUGUACCAACAAUACCGACUGUUCAAUGGCUCGUUUGAGCGCACAUUGAAAAGUAAGGGAGGCAAGGCCGAGUUGUUUCGGACGGUGUCGGCUGGAUUCUCUGAAAUCGUCGAGAGAGUCGACGUUGAGGACUUUGACAUACUUGAAACAUUAAAUGGAGUAUCCUUUCUUUAUCUAAGUGCAUUUGACUAUCUCCGCACCGUCAACUGCAUGCAUACAAUUGAAUCUAAGUUCGAUGCCAUAAAAUACAGCCUGUGCCUAUACAAGGAAUACGUAAUGUGGACCGGGUUACAGCGGAAUGAAACCAAGGUUCUGUAUCAAUUUUGGAGGGACAUGCAGCACAAAAUUACAGAAACAUUUACACAUGGAUUCGACACUUUGCAGGAUGGUUCAAACACCACCGCACCUACAAUCUAUAUUGGCGAGCAAGAUGACCCAUACAAGCUUGUUGUCUACUACGACAUGCACGUUGCGCUUAUUUUUCUUGUCAGCCCACAGGACGUAAGCAAAGCGCUAUACGAGGACUUGAAAGAAGCGCUGCAGCCUCGCCUCGAAUUUCUUUCUAAUUUGGGAAACCAACAUAUUGGCCAAGCCGCAUUUGAAGGCUUUUUAUACAUCUACGUCAACAAAAUAAAUUUACUUUUAGAAACGAGUCUAGAGCCCCGCACGCUUGAAUUGAACAGGUAUGUAAACAACAUCCUGUUAGACAUGCAUGAGGAAUUAGAGGGAGGGGUCAAUGGAGUGAUAGGCGAAUAUGUCAAAAUAUACAACAACGUAUGGAUUGUUGGUCAACGAAACGAUUAUAAGGAAUUUUACGUCAUACUAAAAAAUGCAAAAUCUCUUGAUUCGGCUUUUAAGCAAGCUAAGUAUUUAUCAAGGUACAAAUUUCAAUCUGCGUUUAUGAGCUAGUUUUUUUAGUGCUGAACGUUGGCAAGAGCAAUGCAACGAGAAAAGAGUCCGUCAGUUUGCGCCUCCGAUGCCUUGGAAGCUAGAGACUCGCUGUUCAGCCUUUCUUCUGGCAUAUUCUGUUAUAGCAUUAUCAGAAGAUGGGGAUGUGGAAGAUAGAAGAGUCUGCGCUUGCUCAUAGGACAUGGUUGCUAUGACGUUUCUGCAGUGUCCUGUUAGCAGGUUAAAUCCGUCACAAUUCAGCUUGUCCGUAUCCACCCAUAUACUAUCUAAGUAGACUAAAAUGCUCAAGCAGUCAACAGGUUCUUGGAGAAUAAUUUGAAUUUGCCCUGUGUACAAAUAAACUAGAAGUGAAUGAAGGGCGUUCAUAGUUAAAA